UGCGGGGAAUGCCUACUGCUUCUUGCCUUAUACGGCACAUUUAGCUUCUCAAGAUUGCAACACGUUUACUACGUAUAACCUUUUAUAAAUAUGGAUAAUAGUGAUAAAAACCUAGAGCAGCAAGAGGAUAAACCAGUAAGAGAGAUAGGGUUGAACAUGUCCGAUGUACCUGUUGUUGAUAAACGUCCAAUAGAUUUUGCGUCAGAGGAACGCCGACUGAACACGAUGGAAGCAGCCUUCGAAACGAUUCUUGAAGGCGUUGAAGGCAAGCAAUAUAAAAGACAAGGCCUUUUGAAAACACCAAGUAGAGCAGCAAAAGCCAUGUUAUUUUUUACUAAUGGAUACACCCAGAAUCUAACAGAGGUUCUCAAUGAUGCUAUAUUUGAUGAAGAUCAUGACGAACUAGUUGUUGUUAAAGACAUUGAUUUCUAUUCUCUGUGUGAGCAUCAUCUUGUCCCUUUUAUGGGAAAGGUACAUAUAGGAUAUAUACCAAACAAAAAAAUUGUUGGUCUGAGUAAAUUAGGAAGAGUUGUGGAAAUGUUCAGUAGAAGACUUCAAGUGCAGGAACGACUCACUAAAGAGAUUGCUUGUGCUGUAGUCAAUGCUGUUAAUCCUGCAGGAGUCGGGGUUGUCAUAGAGGCCACGCAUAUGUGCAUGGUAAUGAGGGGAGUCCAGAAGACCGACAGCAAGACACUCACUAGUUGUAUGUUAGGUGUAUUACGCGAAGACCCCAAAUCCCGUGAAGAAUUUCUGACACUCAUUAAGAAAUAGAAUGUUGCUAUUAUUAUUCAAUGUAGCCAGCCUCCUUUGCAGGAAUCUCUGUUCUGUAUUUUUCUAUUGUUGGGCUACCUGUGUCUUUGAUUUGGCAGGGAGAGAAACAAACGUUCCCCUGUUCUCAGUCUCCCUCUUCUGAAAUCUUCCACAGAAAGUCCAGAGACGAAAAGACAAUAACAGAUGUUUGCAAAUAUUGGGGAAUGUUUGCCGAGACAUGAGUCUUCGAGCGGCGAGGUAAAUAUUCUCCGAUAUUCACUGAGGCUGAGGCAAAUAAUUGUCUUAGUAUAAAUACACAGGUGAUUCUUUCAAAAAAAAGAAAAAUAUAAGAAAAAAGAUUUAAUAAUAAGAUAAAAACAUUUGAAAUUAGGAAAAAUUUUAAUUGAAGUGACAAACGCGGCUUUCAAUUACAACACAGGCGAACUCCGACUUUGCGAAUCAAAACAGUUUGUUUGAGUUUAUUUGAUUGUUUUUGUCCUUUUUUACCUUUGAACGAAGUUAGUGCAAAUUUGUCAGCCUCUUUAGUCCUUUUGGGACAGCAUUUUCUUUCAUUAUUUCUAAUUGCUCUCCGGUAACAGCAACAAAGUGGCUGGCCGCCAUUUUGGAUUUUGGAUUCUUUGACUACCUUUAAAAGCUCUUUAAAAAAUUAUUAAUUAUUUCUUAGACAAUCAAAAAACUUUAAAUCAUUUCAUAGUAUGAUUUAGUUCAUUCUAUUAUUAUUGUUUUGUUGUUUUUUUAUAGCUAUUUUUAGAUAUUAUUUUAUAUUUACUAUCUUUUUUUUUUUUCAUUCAAUAAUAAUUAUUAACUAUUAGUUUGGUUUUUUUUUCGUGUAGGGGUUUUUAUCUUGUAGUUAUAAUUUUAUAAUUUUCUACACAUAUCUUUAUAGUUUAAUAUAUUAGAGGGUCACAGGUUUGUUAGCAUAUUGCUAUUUAGUGUUACCCUCGGUAAAUAUAGAGUUUAUUAUUAUUAUUAUUAUCAUCGCUGGAGGUGAUUAUCGUGUGAUAGUGUGAGUUUCUCGACCAAGAUCAGCACGCGAGAUUUUCAAUAAUCACCUGUGUAUUUUUACUAAGAAGAAUUACAAUGAGAAAUAAUUCAAUCUUAUACAGUUGUUUCAGAAAAGAUUGGUGAAGGUUUUGUGGAAUGCUGCUGCUUACUAAGCUUGAAUGUAUCAUAUUAGAAGAAGCUAUGUCGGAAAAAUGUGCAGCUGAAAAAGUUUGGGAAAAUUUCAUAUUGUGACCUUUCACUGAUUCGCAUCGCCCAUAGCAACGAGCAAGAUGCAACAAAAUCUUUACUAACUCUCUUUAAAACAGCUCAGUGUAUUUAGGUAUGCUAAUAUGUCAGGAAAAACACUUUUUAUAUAAUUCAAAGCUAUGUAUUUGUGUGCAUUUGUGUGUAAAGUUACACAUAAUUCACCUGAUGCUGCUAACUAGGUUUUAAUAAAAUUGUAUUAAUAUUCCA